GCCACCCAUAUAUGUGCAUACAGCUACACGGUAAAAAAUAGCCGCGUCCAAACAAUACAUCCCACCCACCACAAACCAUGUCGUCCUUUGAUAAUCUGAGCAUCCGCCCGCUCAGUGCCGAGCUGGCUCUGAAGGCGCAAAAGGAGCUGGGCGAGGUACCCGAGCGAGUACCGGAGGACAUUGAGACGAUACGCACAUGGAUCUCAAAGCAGCCCCACCUGAAAGCACGCGAGGAUGCACAGUUCUUGGUCGCCUUUCUGCGUGGCUGCAAAUACAGCCUGGAGAAGACGAAGCUCAAGCUGGACAACUUCUAUGCUAUGCGAGGCGCUGUCCCGGAAUUGUACAAGAAUCGGUUUGUGGGCGAGAAACAGCUGAACAUACUCAAGACAGGCUGCCUGCUGCGACUGUCGCAGCCGCUGCAAGUGGACGGUCCACGCAUUCACAUCUCACGCUAUGCCCAGUACGACUCCAGCAAGUAUUCCAUUGCGGAGGUCAUGCAGGUCAACACCAUGCUGGGCGAGAUACAAAUCAGAGAGGACGACAACGCAAUGGUAUCUGGCUUUGUGGAGAUAAUCGACAUGAAAGGGGUCACCGCCGGCCACAUGUUCCAAUUCGACGCGGUCCUCAUCAAGAAGCUGGCUGUGCUCGGCGACAAGGCGCUGCCAUAUAGACCCAAGGGCUUCCACUUCAUCAAUGCGCCAUCCAUUGCCGAGAAGGCAAUGUCCAUAGCCAAGAGCUUAAUGAGCGACAAGAUACGCAAACGGUUCCAUAUACACACCAAGCUGUAUUCGCUGUACAAGUACGUUCCUAAGGAGUAUCUGCCCAUUGAGUAUGGCGGCACCAAUGGCAACAUACAAGACGUUGUCGAUACCUGGACGAAUAAGCUGCUAGAGUACACUGACUUCUUCCAGGAAGAUGUGGUCUACGGUACGAAUGAGAAGCUGCGACGUGGACAGCCCAUCAAUUCGGAAACACUGUUCGGCAUCGAAGGUUCCUUUCGGAAACUGGACAUUGAUUAGAUAUACUUUUUAUUGUAGUACAUAUUUAUAAAAA